ACACAAGAGGAUCUAAACAAACCCUUUCUCACUACAAAAAAUUUUGAAAAAAACGAUGGAGCCUGUCGUGAUGAUUGAUGAAUACAAAGCUAAAUCGAAGCUCAGCGAGAGUUUAACAUCUACAGUUUGGUUAGCAAAUCACAGGUUAACCGGAGAAGAAGCAGUGAUGAAGUGUUUCGAUCUCUCUAAGCUCAAUCGCAAUCUCCGAAACUGUUUGAACAACGAGCUCGAGUUUUUAUCUUCCGUUCAUCAUCCCAAUAUCAUCCGUCUCCUCCAAUUUUUUCAAGAUGAAGAUUUUCUCGUUAUGGUUUUGGAGUAUUGUGAUGGUGGAACUCUAUCAUCGUAUAUUCAACGUCAUGGGAGAGUAGAAGAAGAUGUAGCUAAGAGGUUUAUGAAGCAAAUUGGAGCUGGUUUGGAAAUCAUUCAUGAUAAUCACAUUAUUCAUAGGGACUUGAAACCUGAGAACAUUUUACUUGUUGGAUCUGGUGAUGAAUUGGUGUUGAAGAUAGCUGAUUUUAGUCUUGCAAGAAAACUAGUUCCAGGCAAGUAUCUUGAGACAGUGUGUGGUUCUCCGUUUUAUAUGGCUCCUGAAGUUCUUCAGUUUCAAAGAUACAAUGAAAAGGCUGAUAUGUGGAGUGUAGGAGCAAUCCUUUUCGAGAUGCUUCACGGGUAUCCACCUUUCCGCGGUAAUAACAAUGUUCAGGUUCUAAGGAACAUCAGAUCUAGUACAUCUCUUCCCUUCUCUCGGCUGAUUCUUCAGCAAUUGCAUCCAGAUUGCAUCGACGUCUGCUCAAGGUUGCUUUCUAUUAAUCCAGUUAAGCGUCUCUCUUUCGACGAAUUCUACAAGCACAAGUUCUUACAGAUUUGAUUGUCUCUCCCUGAGGUACUUGUAAAGAGUCGGUCAAAUUUUCUUGAAUCCUUGUGUAGAAAUAGAACCCUUGUGAUCGAUAUCUCAGCCACUAGUGUCUAUAAGAAUCUUUUGUACA